UCUACGACCAACCGGAACAUGCUUACUGUGAUCAGUAUUUAUGUACCUUAACAAAGCAAAUAAGUAUCAGUCCCGUUUAAAAAUGAACCGAAUUUUCGGUCGGAGCAAACAAACGCCUACUCCUAACCUGUCUGACUGCAUAGGCAAUGUGGAUACGAGGAUCGAGUCAGUCGAUAAGAAAAUAGCGAGAAUCGACGCAGAGCUAAUGAAGUAUAAGGACCACAUGAAAAAGAUGAGGGAUGGACCCUCAAAAAAUGCAGUGAAACAGAAGGCGAUGAGAGUACUAAAACAAAAGAGAAUGUAUGAAGGUCAAAGAGAUCAGCUUUCCCAGCAGUCAUUUAAUAUGGAACAAGCCAACUAUACUAUCCAGUCUUUGAGGGACACCAAAACAACAGUGGAGGCUAUGAAGAUUGGGGCAAAAGAAAUGAAGAAAGCAUAUAAACAAGUGAAGAUGGAUCAGAUUGAAGACCUGCACGAUCAACUGGAGGACAUGAUGGAAGAGGCUAACGAGGUGCAGGAAGCUCUGAGUCGCAGCUAUGGCACACCAGAGAUCGAUGAGGAUGAGCUAGAAGCAGAGCUGGAUGCUCUGGGAGAUGAGUUACUGCUGGAUGAUGACAGCUCUUACUUAGAUGAAGCCUCGUCUGCACCCUCCAUUCCUGAAGGAAUGCCCAGUGACACUAAAACCAAUAAGGAUGGAGUUCUGGUCGAUGAGUUUGGCCUACCACAGAUCCCUGCCACAUAAGAAUCUGUUCUCUGAUCAGUGUUUUGUUUACUGGUGGAGGACGUUUUUCUUGUGCUGAUGGUAUUGAACCUGUGUUGUAUUCAUUGCCCAGUCUAGCACACGGUAUUGUACAUGAAGCGUGAUUUUCUAGUUUUAUUUAGAAUUUGGUAAUAUAAACAUGUUCGCCUGAUUUCCAUAACCCAGUAAAUUCCGACGAGAUUACAGUUUUUAGAUAUCCAAUUUAAACUCCUGGCAUAUCCUUUAGUAAUCAGAAUUUUGGAUCACCUACUUUCCCUUGUAUCUGAACAUACCUCUUUAUUAAUGCAUGUUCAAACAAAAAUAGUUUUGGAUGAUAACUUUGGAGAUACAAACAGUUUGGGAAAGUCGAGUUAUUGAAUAAACUUAUUUAU